AGUCUUGGGUUCUUGUGUGAUAGACGGACCAGCCAUGGGUGUGCCUGCGGUGAUCGUGGUCUUAGCUGUGCUUCUGCCCCUACAGCAAGCUUUUGGACAAACAACAGACCAAGCUGAAGAUUUCCCCACGAGUAUUUCCUUGCAGCAGGUAGUGGAGGGACCAUUCUCGGACCGGCAGGCCGUAGCAGAGGGCCAGGGGCGACAACUCCCAGGGCAGCCUUCGGUAGAGACGACUGCUGACUCCUGCCGUCCCAGCACGAAGGAAAGGUUCGUGUGCACCAAGGAGACGGGAACUAGCCAGUUGGACCAGGUCCAGGCUAACCUGACACAGCUACAGGGGCAGGUGGACCUACUGAGGACCGACAAAGCGAAACAGGACGCAAGGAUUGCUGAGUUGACGGACAAACAGGUCGAUUUGGAGAAGCAGGUUGGAAAUCUGACCAAACUCCGUCAUGUUCAACAAGGCUGCCCUAGCGGUUAUGUACAGUUCCAAAACAGGUGCUUCAACUUCUCUACCGAGAGUAAGAACUACAAUGACGCCAGGCUUUCCUGUAAGGCUGCCGGUGGGCAUCUGGCCAUGCCUAAAGACAACGCAACCAACGCUUUCCUGGUCGAACAGAUCAACGUCAUGUACCCUAAUGGCUCCUCUGGUUCGGUCUGGUUCGGACUGGCAGAUCGGGAGGAGGAGGGAUCAUUUGUGUGGGAGGACGGGACGCCACUCGGCACGGGCUGGAACAACUGGAACCAAGGGGAACCUAACAAUCAACACUCUCGUGAGGACUGUGUAGAGUGGAGAGCAAAAUAUGGCUACAAGUGGAACGAUGUGCGAUGCUUUACAGUUCAUAAAUAUGUGUGCGAAGUCGACGCAGGGUCCCCCUAGGCAGACACGAGUCGGCUUUCGUAGCGCUACCCAUUGUCGUCCAACUUGUUCAAAUUUCCGAUUUCUUUUGUAGAAACUGUUUAAUCCAAUGAACAAAAUUAAACCUCUUCUACAAAAAACUAUACCGAGCCUAUAACGCUAGGUCACCACUAUACAAUAUAUAUAUAAUCAGGUAAUCUAGGCAUGCCAAGUUGACGGACGGCGGUUUUAAACUGCAAAAAAAAUGAAAAUUUGAAAAUGUGGCGGUUUGUUAUUGAAAAUAUUGCAGUUUUAAACCAACUUGUGUCGACUUAGUAUCCCUAACUGCCCUAGGUUACAAACACUGCUUCUAGGUUACCCUGCUAUUACGAUUAUGUUUAAAUCUUGAUCUCCAUUUACAAAUCCAGAGUUAAAUAUUUCUCUCAUUUUCGUUCACCAUCGUGGUGUUAGGGUAGUAAAUUGUCACUCCCCUAUGUCUCCCUCUUUCCAGUCCACAUUAAAGCCAUGAAUUUGGAAAAAAAAAACUCCUCAAAUGGACGACACUGGGCAGUGCGCGUCAAGAAGCCUAACGUUACAGGUGCACUGAUCAUGAGUCUCAUUGAGUGCAAUGUCCAGAGGUAAGCAGGAUUCAACCGGAAUGUCUGAAAUGGCUUAUACUGGUACUAUUGAGGCAUUUGUGUGCUGCCUGAUGUUUAUUCUACUUCUAUUUUUAGCUAUCUUAGUAUCUUAGUGUCUGAGGGGCUUAGUCAUGCACUAUCUUCUGAGGUGUAUUCGUAGAUUUGUUCCGAUAGCUUAUAACAAUUUUUUUUCAUUGACAUGAUUUACUAACAUGCGACUGACAACAAAUUAAAGCUUCCGCAAUGCCUAUGGAACAGCCUUUUUAUAACAUUAGAAUUCCAUGUACCCUGUGGUUAGUUACGUUGCCAAUGUGGAAAAAGAAAAGAGCUAGAAAUGAAAAUGUUUAUGAAUUAGUGGAAUGUUUGAACUUUGUAACGGUGUUAUUGUUAACAAUGCAUAACCUCAGUGAUGCUGAUGAUGAUAUGAUGACCACUGUUUCGUAUUUAAGAGAUAAACAUUCAUGUACAGAGUCAGGAAUUGGCUACAUUGUACUUGCCCUAAUGAAACCUACUUCAUGUAGCAUUUUGCACGGCAAAGUGAGUUUGGCGUGAUAGUAAGUAUGAGUAUAUUACAUGAAAAAAGGCCAUACACUUGCAACUUGUAACUUUUAACUUUACUUCUGUCUUGAUCUAGAUAUUGUUAAACAGUUUUGAAAAGCAAACAAGACAGUUAGCAUUUAGGAGCUGUAUUAGACAAUGCACAAAUAUAUAUUAACUGC